AUGGACGAAGACGAGAGGCCCCGCAAGCUCCCCAAGCUGGAUCACGAGAACCAGGAUAAUACUGAAACCCUGGAUCCCGCCAUGACAGGCGCUGGCGACGUGGCCGGCAAAGAUUCGGAGUCUGCUGUCGCAAACGAGCCCCAAGAUCUCUCUGAAUUUACGGUCCAAAAGGCUACCACGACUCCCGACCAACCCAAUCCUCCAGAUGAAACAGAAGGUGCUGCGCCGACCAUGUCCAAGAACCAAUUAAAGAAGCUUCGCAAGUCACAACGGUUCGAGGAGAAGCGCGCGUUCAUGAAAGCCCAGAAAAAGGAUAAGCUCAUUGAGAAGAAAGAGCGUCUCCAGGCACAGUUUGACGAGGCACGAGAAACUGGAGGCGAAGAAGCCGUUGAAAAGCUUCGGCAGGAAAUACGAGAUAAAAGGGCAAAGGCCAAGCCCGGCCGAACUACGCUCAUACCCAUCUCGUUGGUGAUGGACUGCAGUUACGAUGAGUUGAUGGAACCCAGAGAGCGAGUCUCCUUGGCCGGGCAACUCACACGAACAUACUCGGACAACAAUCGCGCUCCCUAUCACGGACAAAUCAUGUUCUCGUCCUUUGACAAGUUGCUAAAAGAGCGGUUUGACACCGUAUUAUGGGCCCACAAGAACUGGAAGCAUAUUCGCUUUUUACAGGAAGACUUUGUCCAUGCAGCUGGGCUGGCCAAGGAAAUCAUGACAGGUCCGAAGGGCGGCAGGCUCGCCGGGCCUUUUGCGGAGCAACCCGAUGCGAAACCCGAGGAUGGCGAGAUCAUCUAUCUCAGCAGUGAUAGUGAGAACACUCUGACCGAAUUGAAGCCUUACAGCACAUAUAUUGUUGGGGCUCUGGUUGACAAGAACCGACACAAGGCUGUCUGUUACAAGAACGCAGUUGCCAAGGGCAUCAAGACUGCAAAAUUGCCUAUCGGGCAGUACAUUUCACUUGCGCACCGCAAGGUGCUAGCCACCAAUCAUGUUGUUGAGAUUAUGCUGAAGUGGUUGGAAGUUCGUGACUGGGGAGAGGCUUUCAUGCAGGUCAUCCCGACACGCAAGGGUGGUGCUCUGAUCGAGCAGAAGCCGGGGGAUGGAGAGGCUGUCGGAGAGGCCGCAGAAGACGCAGAUGAUGGAGAGGAUGCGGAGGAGGAUCUCAGCGAGGAGCAAAUCCAAGCAGAGCAAGUGAAACAGCUUGAGGAGAUCAACGCCGCGGAGGGGGUGGAAGAUGGCAAGGAGUAG